AUGGAGAAGUACUUUCGGCGGAAGGACGCGGCGAGAGCGAAGGUGCUGGACAAGUAUGAGAUCCAGGGGUUCAUCAGUAGUGGGACAUAUGGGCGUGUUUACAAGGCAAGAUCGAGGGACCCUGACGAUAGGAGAGAGUUUGCUAUCAAGAAGUUCAAACCGGAGCGUGAAGGGGAGGUACAAUACACAGGCCUUUCACAAUCAGCAAUCCGUGAGAUGGGUCUCUGCAAUGAACUCAAGCACGUCAACAUCAUCGCUCUGGUCGAAGUCAUCCUCGAAGAGAAGUGUAUAUACAUGAUUUUUGAAUACGCAGAUCAUGACCUACUGCAAAUCAUCCAAACCCACGUCGCAAAUGACCGGAAAGUUAUCCCGAUGCCUGUCAUCAGGUCAAUCAUGUAUCAACUCCUAAACGCCACUGCAUAUCUCCACGCACAGUGGAUCCUCCAUCGCGAUAUCAAGCCUGCGAACAUCAUGGUCACAUCACCGUCUCAAGGCGGAACACUCAAAGUUGGGGAUCUUGGGCUCGCACGGUUAGCAAGACGACCACUACACUCGCUGACGCACUCCGACAAGGUGGUGGUAACAAUCUGGUACCGACCACCAGAGCUACUCCUGAAUGCCUCGCACUAUGGGCCUGCUGUCGAUAUUUGGUCAAUCGGGUGUACCUUCCUCGAACUCCUCGCUCUCAAACCCGCAUUCAAAGGAGAAGAAGUGCGAAUGGGGCAGAAUACAGGAACCAAGAAGCAUGAGGUCCCGUUCCAGAAAUCGCAGUGCAUCAAAAUUCUAGAGAUCCUGGGCACACCAGGCGACAGCGACUGCGGCUCCCUCAGAACAACCCCAGAAUGGAGAGCAUUCCGCGCUCUGAAGAAUUACUCACGGCGACUCUCGGACUGGUACCGCGACGUUGGUAAAGCAACUGACCCCCACGCCCUCGACCUCAUCGAAAAACUCCUUACCUGGGACCCCAACACCCGUAUUUCCGCCUCCGAAGCCCUCAAACACCCCUUCUUCUCCGACAUCCCCGAAGGCGCAAAAUCCAACUGUUUCCACCUCGACGUCAAUAACUUGACGGAUGAAGGCCGGAUAUCAUAUCCAAGACGGAAGAUUACGGUUGAUGAGGCGGAUAUUAAGACGGUUGGGAGUGGGACGAGUAAUCCGGGGAAGACUGGGGCGGCUCCGGGGGCUGUUGCGAGUGUUAGUGCUGUUGGGACGUCUGGGCUUGGUGCGAAGAGGAAGGCUGGAGGGGAUCCGGUGCAGAGGGUUAAGAGGAUGAGGGAGUGA